AUGGAUAAAAGACAGCAGUAUUUUCUAGAGCACGUAGUUCCACGAUUCUGUCUUAAUACCCAGUUUUGUCCGGAGUUUGGUGAAAUACGGUGUGACGAGACUGGUCUCUAUGAGAUUUGCUUUGACAAUGCCCACAGCAAGCUGCGCUCCAAAACAAUCGCCUACAAAAUUGAUUUGUGUAGUGCCGACGAACAGAUCAGCCCUUAG